AUGCCUGAAAUUGGUUCAUGUGCAGAUGUAAAUUGUGAUGAAGAAAUCAAAGACUUAUAUGAAUGUCAUUGUUGUUCACGUCUUAUUUGUUUAAAUCAUUUAAUUGAACAUGUUGAAAUAACAAAACAAAAUAAAAAACGAUUACAUAGUCUUGAUAAUGAAUUAAAUACAGUUAUAACUACACUUAAAUUAAUUAUUGAAGAAAAACUAGUCAAUAUUGAAUGGGAAGAAAAAUUAAUUGAAAAAGCAAAAAAUUUUCUUGAUACACACAAUUGUUCAAUAGAUGAUAUUCAAAAUAUUUUUGAACAAAUUAAUCAAGCAAUUGUAUCAAAUCAUCCAGAUGAAACAAUUGUGAAAGUUGAAUCUUCAUUAUUAGAAACAAAAAAUUGUUCUUGUAUUUGCAUGUGUAAUAGAGAAAAAACUAACUUGAAUGAUCAAUCAUCAUCAAGAACUACUCGUUCAAAAUCAAAAUCUGCUACUUGUUUGGAUUCAACAAGAAAUACUGAUGUAAUAGAAAAUUUUGGAACUUCAAUAAAUGAUCGAUAUUCAACGCUGAUUAAUCAUGAUUUUUCUGGAACUGUUUUACUUGAUCAAAUACAAAAAUCAACUAAGGUUAAAUAA